CCACGUCAUCUGUAUUUACUUUUCCAUUUAAAAUUGUCAAAGCUUUCACUACUCCCCCAAAAAACACUGUUCAAAUUCAAACAAAAAGCAGGGGCGCGCGAAUGCGCGAGUGUGCCCGCCGUUGAGUUUGGUCUAGCCCUGGAACGAGGAAUAGGUAAAAGGCGCCAAUGAAUUUGCCGCUAAAGCCGAAACGAAAACUGUCAAAAAGGCGGAGAGACCUCCAGGAAACGUGAAAAAUAAAGUGCUUGUGCUGGCUAAAGCCAAAGUUAAACCGAAUAAAACCCCAAACAGCGACGAUUAGCGGUGUCCAAUGGCCAGCAAGCGGCUGAUGCUCGACUUUGAAGUCGGCGAAGAUGGAGAGACAGCGAGGGCAUGCGACCAGGUGGACGAGAGCCAGGAGAGCGUGGCCCCACAGGCAGCCAAGAGGGUGAAGGGGCCACUGGGAACACCGCUGCAGCGCCUGCUCAAGUCCAGCGGCUCCACCAUCCUGUCGCCCAUCACGGAACUGGCGCAAAACAUGCGUGGUGCGCGCCUGGAAGCUGGUGGCGGCGGCGGCACGCCCAAGUCCACCCAGAGAAGCUUCCACAGCACAUCGUCCAGGGCCCUAAGCAGCUUCAACAGCUACGACUCGGGCAACUCGCUUGACGACGAGUACAUGGCCAUGUUCGAGCUGGAGGAGGACGAAGAUCAACAGCUGGGGCUGCCCGGCAACCUAGAACUGCUCAUUACCGGCCAACUGAAGGCGGAGCAGCAGCAGCAACAACAUCCCGAAAAAGGCGAGUCACAAAAGCGGUCGUUGCGCCGCUGUCUGAGCUUGUUUCCCAGCGAGGAUGACUCUCAGGAAAAAGUUCAAGGUCCCACACCGUCCACGAGGAAACUGCAGCGCAAGACGCUUUCCAUGAACGAUGCUGAUAUCAUGACCGCCCUGGGUGACGAGCCGGAACUGAUCGGGGAUCUGAGCAAACCAUGUGCUCUGCCCUGCCUGCUAACCGGCACCCGCCAUCGCGAUUUAAAGACGAUUUCCGGAGAAACACUGGCCCGCCUCAUCCAGGGCGAGUUUGUCGAGCAGCUGGGCACUGGCGGUGACUACCAGAUCAUUGACUGUCGCUAUCCGUACGAAUUUUUGGGCGGACACAUACGCGGCUCUAGGAAUCUCUAUACACGCGGCCAAAUCCAGGAUGCCUUUCCCAGCUUGACGCACAAGGACGGGGAGCAGCGUCGCAUCUAUGUGUUCCAUUGUGAGUUCUCCUCAGAGCGGGCGCCGAAGCUUCUGCGCUUUCUGCGCAACAACGACCGCAGCCAUCACGCAUCCACCUACCCGACGCUUGACUAUCCGGAGCUGUAUCUGCUGCACAAUGGGUACAAGGAGUUUUACGGCUCGCAUGCCGACCUGUGCGAGCCGCGCCAGUAUGUGCCCAUGUUGUCGCCGGCUCACAACGAGGAGUUCCGUUACUUCCGGGCCAAGACCAAGUCGUGGCAGAGCGGUGAGAGCGAGGGCGGCGACAGUGGUAUCGGUGGCGGAAGCGCCCGCCCUCUACGCAAGUCACGAUCUCGUCUGCUGUAUGCCGACGGAGAGGAUUAGAGCUUCAGGGAUUUAGGGAUUAAGAAGGAAUAUCCAAACUCAAACAACGUUAUUUUCUAAUUGGAAUUAUUGGUUUCGUUUCGUUGCGUUUUUUUUUUUUUGUCAAUGUUGAAUACUAUAUUUUAUGUUGUUUCAUUUCUUUAAGUUUAAAUAUCAGUCCAGUGUCCAAAAUAAAAUUAAAAAUAAUUAUAGAAAAAGGGAACGAGAAACCAAACAAAAAAAAUCUAGUCGGUUGAAAAUUAGAAUCUUGAAAUUAUUUCUCGUUUACCUUCCAUGUUCAAAACUUAGAAGUCAUAUUUUUAAGGUAUAUUUUAUGAUAAAACCUUUUUUUAAGUUACUUAUUAUAAGCAUUAAUUUUACCGCAAGGAUAACUCGUGAAGAAACCCAAAGAAAUGCAGUGAUUUUUACAUUUUUAAGAACAAAUUCGAAAUUAAUUUUGUAUGAUUAAAAAAAAUAAUAAUAUAAAUAAUAAUAAUAUAAUGUUAACACACUAGAAACUACAUAAUUAAUUAAAUUAAACAAAUGCUUUAAUCGCAAAUAACGAUUAAAUUUAAGAACUAUUUACCAAUUAAUUGUAUCUUAAGAAAUUAUUGAAAAACCAGAUUUAUAAGAACAAAAGAUAAAUUUAAGCAACUAAUGAAAUUAUAUACAAAUGUAAAGAUUAUUUAUUUUCAAAACAAACGUAAUUAAAUAUAAUUUUUUUAUUAUUCACCACAACCGAAAAAAAAAAUCAACAAAAGUGUAUACAUUUGUGAACCAUUAAUGAAUUUAUUUAUAUAAUUAAGGAAAAAUUAUAAAGUGAUUUCUAGUUAGUAAAAAAGAGAAAGAAAUGGUUUAAUUAUUGCAUUCCAAAAUUUAAGCAAAUAAUCAAAAUAGCAGUACUAACUUUAAAUUUAUUUAUAAUAUAAAAAUAUAACUGAGGUAGAUGGAAAACGAAUCAGUAAUUCUAUACCAUUAAAUGAAAUA